UUACUAUUACAGCGAGACCAUUUGUCUAUAAAUACGGUGGCAGAGCAAUUCUGUGAGAGUCGCCAAGAGUUCCUAGUUAAAGAGGACUUGUUGAAAGGUCAGCUUCUGCUGUAAUUUGAAAUCUCUAGAUCUGCUCUCUCAAGGGUUUUUCACUAACCGUUGCCAGAAUGGAAACCUUCCUAUACACAUCUGAAUCUGUGAACGAGGGCCACCCCGACAAGCUCUGUGAUCAGGUUUCAGAUGCCAUCCUGGAUGCGUGCCUUGAGCAAGAUCCUGACAGCAAGGUUGCGUGUGAGACUUGCACCAAGACCAACAUGGUCAUGGUCUUUGGGGAAAUCACAACCAAAGCCAAUGUAGACUAUGAGAAGAUUGUUCGCGACACCUGCCGUUCAAUUGGAUUUGUUUCUGAUGAUGUGGGUCUUGAUGCUGACAAGUGCAAGGUCCUAGUUUACAUUGAGCAGCAGAGCCCUGACAUUGCCCAGGGUGUCCAUGGCCAUCUUACCAAGCGCCCCGAGGAGAUUGGUGCUGGUGACCAAGGUCACAUGUUUGGCUAUGCCACUGAUGAAACCCCCGAGCUUAUGCCCCUCAGCCACGUUCUUGCAACCAAGCUUGGUGCCCGCCUCACUGAAGUUCGCAAGAAUGGUACCUGCCCUUGGUUGAGACCUGAUGGCAAAACCCAAGUCACUGUUGAGUACUACAAUGACAAUGGUGCAAUGGUUCCAGUACGUGUACACACCGUUCUCAUUUCCACCCAACAUGAUGAAACUGUGACCAAUGAUGAGAUUGCUGCUGACCUCAAAGAGCAUGUUAUUAAGCCUGUGAUCCCUGAGAAGUACCUUGAUGAGAAGACCAUCUUCCACCUUAACCCAUCAGGCAGGUUUGUCAUUGGUGGUCCACAUGGUGAUGCAGGACUCACUGGUCGUAAAAUUAUCAUUGAUACCUAUGGUGGUUGGGGAGCCCAUGGUGGUGGUGCCUUCUCUGGAAAGGAUCCCACCAAGGUAGACAGAAGUGGCGCCUACAUUGUUAGGCAGGCUGCCAAGAGCAUUGUUGCCAGUGGGCUUGCUCGCCGGUGCAUUGUUCAGGUCUCUUAUGCUAUUGGUGUGCCAGAACCAUUGUCGGUGUUUGUUGAAACCUAUGGCACUGGAAAGAUCCCAGACAAAGAGAUUCUCAAGAUUGUGAAGGAGAACUUUGAUUUCAGGCCUGGUAUGAUUUCGAUUAACCUGGAUCUCAAGAGGGGUGGCAAUGGUAGGUUCUUGAAGACAGCUGCCUAUGGCCACUUUGGAAGAGAUGACGCAGACUUUACCUGGGAGGUAGUGAAGCCCCUUAAAUGGGAGAAACCUCAAGCGUAAAAUUCUUGCCAUCACCAGAAAUCAAUAAUUUGCUUGGCCUUUGCAGCUUCUCUGAAACCAUUAAAAAAUCUUUCUAUUAUUUGCUUGUUUUUGUCUUUAUUUUUUCGAUUUUCCUUUUUGUAUUUUUCUUCCAUAUAUAAAUAUAUGGUUUUGAGUCUUGCUAGAAGAGCCGUCUUCAUGCCUUGUGCGAUUGCUAGGAAAGAAAUUAAGAAUGCAAAAAGAGUCGGCUGCAGAGCAGGACUGUUAUAGUGCCGUUUGUUUGACAAUGGAAUUCUGAUUCAUUCUUUGUUA